AUGAACUGCAACAGGAUGCUCUACUCGGUCAUGUGCCAGACCACAUGGGAAUCUUCCCCUUUGCAUGCAGAAUGCCAGGCUCCAAUUCAACUCUGUCUGAAAAUGCUACUGGCCUACAAUACUGUGAAGAGUGGUGGAAUGUGUGCAUGUUGUUGUAAGCAGUUCCUCCUUCAUCCCCUGACUCUGGCAGCGAUCGGUGCCUCGAUUUCCCUCGCCACAGCUGUCGUCGUAUAUGGGUUGAAGAAUCAGACAGCAUUCGAAGGAGUAAAAGACUGGAAGAGCAUUGAGACGAAGAUCACGUCUGAGGUCGGUUAUUCGUUUUGGCUGGCUGCUGGGGCGUUAGUCCUGGCUAUUGUGGAUGUUAUCGUUGGCACAUGCGCUGUGUGCAUGGGAGAAAGCUGUCUAUGA